AUGGACUCCCCCCGCCCCAAACCGACCCUCCUAACCCUCCCCCCCGAACUCCGCCAAAUAAUCUACACCUACUGCUUCACCACCCAACCCAUCACCAUCCAACGCAAACCCAUGCCCGACCGCACCACCACCAACCCACUCAGGGUCGACCAAGCCAGAACCCCCCUACCCUCCCCCCACAAUCCAUCCCCCACCACGCUCAACAAACCCCACUACCAACCCAGCUACGCCCUCCUCCUCACCAACCGCCAACUCCACCACGAAACCCACGACUACGCCUACAGCGCCCCGCUCUUCCGCACCCAAGAAACCGAGGCGUUUGCCAACUUCACCAGUUGCCUCACUCGCCCGCAGAUCCAGACAAUCCGCCAUCUCGCCUUCUUCCUCCCGCAGUCACAGGGCAUGGAGACGCACGCCGCGGAGUGGCACGAGACGUUCGCGUUAGUCAGCCUCGCCUGCCCGAACCUCCGCUCCGUGUCUGUAGAAAUGGUGCUGGCGUUCCCGCCGGCCAGCGGGAAGGAUACGUACUGGGACGGGGGGCUGUUGGAGUUGGAUCGGGUGACCGGGUUGCGGGGGAUGAGGGUGGUUAUCUACCGUCAGAGGGAGGGUGGGAAGAAAGAUCUGUUCUUUGCCUAUACGGCGGGGACGUUGCAUCCGGCUGUAUCGGACAUCCAGUUUACUCGUGCGGCAGCGGCGGCUGGUGCUGGUGCUGAUACUGAUACUGGUACUGGUGCUGGUGCUGGUGCUGGUGCUGGUGCUGGUGCUGGUGCUGGUGCUGGUCCUACUGCAGGUCAGCCGAUAAGCUUCCAUUACGCGCGGGAUACCCUUCGCCGGACAUUAUCACUAUCCCUCGACGACGACAACGACGAUGAUGAUAGCAACUCAGACCGAAUGUUCUUCCGCACCUCGCCGAAUGUCUUCCCCCUGUACGUCCGGAAUCUCACGCAAAUGCUGCUUCGGCGGCGGCGAUCACACGCCGAGAUCCGUGGGGAGGAUCGCAUGCAGCGGAGUGAGUUCUAUUAUUAUGUGUAUCUGAAUGAGAGGCCGUCGGAGUGGGAUCGGGUCUUUGGGUUUCAGUAUAGUAAUAGCGUGCGGCUGAAGGAAUGGGAGUUUGAGCGGGCGCUGGAGAGACUGCGGCUGGCGAGGGAGCGGUUGCGUGUGCGGCGUGAGAAGGGGGAGUUGGGGGCUUGUCAGCGUCCUGAGGUUAGGGGGUCGGUGGCUUUGAGGGAGAGGGGUGGGCUACGUCGGGUCCAGGAUGAAGGUACGAAGGCUGGGGCUGAGAAGCCGGGGGCUUGGAGGAGGCAGCUACUGCUGGAGGCGGCUGCGCCUUUUAUUGAAUCGUUCCCUGAUUGCGUAGCGCGGCCGUAUCAUCUUCAGGGGAGGGGUUCUGGCUGUUUGAGGGAGUCGAUUUGAUGGUAGGACACUGGGUUGAGCUCCACUGGAGAUAUUCUUUAAUGCAUGGAAGGAU